AUGACUCCAACUCUACUGGAUAUGGAGCAAAUUUUUGGGUUCAGACCCCAUGGAAGACCUGUGGAUGUAGUUGGUGACUAUCAUAGGAGGAAAAACCAAGAAAAACUAGCCAAGCCAUUCACUAUCUAUCUAGCCACAAUCAACCAGAACUGCUCCUUCUCCAAUUAUUUGAGGAAGUUUAGUGCUGAGAAGGAUAGGGAUCAGCAACACAUGUUGUUCCUUCUGUAUUGGCUGAAUAAAUUUGUCUUCCCUAAUUGCUCUUCAGCAGUUUUGCUCAAAUACAAACACUUGGCAGAAGCAUUGCAUAAUCACACGGAUGUAAGGCUUGGACUUACAGUUCUGCCUGAAGAUUACAUGAUGCCUAAGCGAUCAAUUGAAGAACAUUUGAUGUUCUUCAGGCACUGCACCAAGGGGUCUGCUCAGUGGCAGGUGGUGAUUAGGAGGACUUACCCUUGGUUCUAG